AUGUUUCGGGGUCAUCUUGUUUCUCUGCAAGGCGAUAUUGGAUCCCCACCCUCAUUCCCCAGAUUUAGCCCCUUGCGAUUUUUUUUCUAUGGGGGCACCACAGAACACGAAUACGUAAUUCUUGUCUCUCUCUCUCUCUCUCUCUCUCUCAAUCCUUCUAUCUCUCACUCACUCUUUCCCAUCUUUACUUCCUCUCUCACACUCAAUCCAUCUUUCUCCAUCUUCUUCCUCUCUCCUCCCCCUCUUUCACUAUCAAUCCUUCUAUCUCCAUUUCUCUUCCCAUCUCUCCUUCCCCCUCUUUUACUCUCAGUCCUUCUCUUUUUCUCUUUCUCUGCUCUCUCUUUCUUCCCAUUCUCUUUCACCCUCUCUCCCUCUCUCAAUCCUUCUAUAUUCCUCUCUUUCUUUCUCCCGUCUCUCCUUCCUUUCUUUCUCCUUCUCUUCUUCUUACCUUUUCAUUCUAUCACUCUCCACAUCCUUUUGUGUGUGUGCGUAUUCACCAUUGUUACUUGA